AUGUCUUCUGGAGAAGGGUACUCCGUUGUCCCCGUGCAACGAAUUUUCCUACCCCUCAGGAUCAUUCAGAUGGUCUUUACCGUCAUCGUCUUCGGGAUUGCGUGCUACCAUCUUUCUCUGGCACCGAAUUAUGAUGCUGGUGGCCUUAGCCUUUUCACUGCUCUCGCCAGCGUCAUCUUCCUGAUUUACUGGUUUGUGGCGAACAGCCCAGCAAACACCCAUCUUUACAAUUACUGGGCUAUGUUUGCUGUCGAGCUCUUCAUCCUCAUCUUUUGGCUCUGCACCUUUGCCCUCGACGCCGACAAGGUCGCUUUGUAUGUCCAAGCUACAAGUUAUACGUCGAGCUAUGAUGGCACCGGUGACGGUAGUACUAGCGGUAGCGGUACCGUCUGCUACGACGGCGUCUGUGUCAACUAUAAGCGCGACCUCUACAAGCGUGGACUCAUCAAGCGAUCGACUGAUUCUUUAUCUGCAACCCUAUAUGUUGCCCUUGCAAUCUCGGUGAUCAACUUUAUCUUGUUCGGCGUGACCUUCACCCUCUACACCAUCAACAUGUUCCGGCAUAGGGCUGCUCUAUCCAAUGCUAAAGGCAACAAUAUCGCCAUGAUGAAUGGCCACGGAGCGGCCAGCCGAAUGGAGAAGGGGGUCGUCAUGAAUGGGCACCAUUGA